AUGAUCCUGGGUGUGGCCACGGCGCUGCUGGUGGUGACGGUAGUGGGGGGCCUGGGGUUGGGGGAGGAGGUCAGGGUAGAGGGAAUCAGAGAUGUAGCUUGUCAUCAAUCCCGAAUAUCUUCUCGAAAGAUGGCCUGUCUCCCAUUUUUGGUUAUAAACAUAUACCGGUUUGAUGAGUACCCGUCUUAUUCCAUCAAAUACUGCGCGCGGAGGGUGAGGAUGAGCCCCCAGCAUACGCUAGAACUUGCUACGUUCGUGUCGACUUUUCUGGGACUCUGCAACUUGUUGAACUGGUCGACCGCCUUUUCCUCUACCAAUGCAAGCUCAAUAUUCAGUGGAAAAGAGGGAGUCAUUCAGGCACUGAACAUCGUGAUGGGACAUUACCCUAAGAGGGCAGAAGAUAUCAGCAACAUCGGCUCAAAAAAUCAUUUUCUUGUUGGGUUGCCAGAUGCAGAAAAGCUGAGCUUGACUGCUGGGCUUGAGGCAUUGUGA